CCGAUCAAACGACGAAGAAGACUGAGGGGGUGGCUUCAGCGUGGCGGAGGAUAGGUCAGGCGAUUAAUCUUCGGUUUCGUUCACCAGCUCUUCCGAUCAUUUGGGGUUAGGACAUCAUGGGGAUUGCGGUGGCGGAGGCAGUGAAGGCGGCGGCGAGAGCGUCUUCGUCCCCGCAAGCGAAUCAACAGCGGCUUCCUGGGCAAGCAGAGCAAGUAAGGGUGAAGCGGGAGACCAUUCAAGCGGUACUGGAUCAGUGCCAGAGAGCGUUGAAACUUCUCGAGGAGCCCGAAUUGAUCGUUGAUGCGGAGACUGAUGUUAACGUCUGCACCGAGGGGAAGGAGAAGCCGCCUUUGUCAUUCUCCGCAGCUGAUUCUGAUGCCGAUGUUCUAUGUGAAAUGGUCAAAUGUAGAGUUGAAUCGCAGAGCUUCCUUGAAAAACUUGGGAGCAUGUACGUUUCAGUUUCUCAGAGUGAAUUUGAUGAUACCAAAGUCUGGGAAAUGGUUAGUACAGAAGACUUAUGGGACCAUAAGCAAUUUGGUGCAGAGAGCAAAGAAGACCUCGAUGGUUAUGUUCUUGUUAACCAGGAAGACAUAGUGGAGGGGAUCACAAGUUUCAUGGCUGCGUAUAUACUAUCGCUUAAAGAAGCCAAAGAAUUAACUCCUAAUCAACUUCAAAAAGCACUUAACAAGACGUUCUCGGUGAAGAAGAAGAAAAGCAAGCUUAUGAAGGCAUGGGAAGGAAGCCAAGUUAUCUAUAAUGUUACAUCUUGGGGUGCAACUGCUGUUGGAAUAUACCAAAACCCAGCGAUCAUAAAGGCCGCCUCCGUGGCCCUUUUGUCUUCCUGUCGUGUCAUAUCUAAGUUCUUUUGAAACACUGAAGCUGCUUUAUGGAAUGGCAAUGGAUGAUUAUAUUGGAUCAGAUCUUCUGAUUGAAAGGCUUAUAGAUAGCUUGGAAUUGCACAGAUUAUUAUUGGAAGAUCAUUUUUUAAUUAUUUGAAAGUCCACUUUCAUGUAAAUGUCAGUAUCGACAAUGGAUUGUUUGACGUUCUUUGUGGACCCAUGCUGUGUAUAUUGGCUUACCUUAUCUGCUUCCAGAUAUUUGUGAACUUUAAGAUAUUUCCCAUUCAUUUAAGGACUGUUUUAUGUGCAUUUUUUUG